UGACUUAAUUCCAACUUUUCCCUCGGAGCAGUGCCUGAAACGGUUUCACAUCAUCUCGCUGUCCAGACCCUUCCGGCACUAAGACAGUCCUGUUUCCACCCUGACGAAGUGUUGAUGCUUUGACAGGCAGCCACCGCUGCCGGUCUGGAUGCUUCCCCUCGCUGCCCCAGAAGCACUGGGGAGGCCUUGGCUCCUACAUGGGAGCUGGACAAUGUGUCACUUUUACAUCCGUCAGAUGUCUCUUGUAAGCCCUCAUUCCAAGUUGUUCUGCUGCCCCCUGACAGAUAGUGACAAUUUUGAAUUUCUGGUUGCAUGGUACUUUGUGUAAUUAAAAAAAAGAAAAAGAAAAACCUGCUGCAGAGAUGAACUGAAUAGGAGAACAGUACAUUAUUAUUUGGAGGGAAGAGGGUCCCUAAUUGUGGAACAAAGCAAUUCCUUGUAUGUCAGCCCUAAAUCAAUGUUUCUUUAUUUCUAAAGUUGUGUGACGGCCUGCAGUGGUCUUUCUCGCACGUCAGGGCGCAGUCAGGAGUGAUGUGUGGUUAGCAACGCGGCUUGUCUGUGAAGGGCCUUUGACGAAAAGCUCACUGCAUCUAUUGACUCCCCAGAAGUCUGAGGUCACAAGCUUGGCUGGAUCACAUGAGCCCAGAUAAUGAAGAUGGUUUUGCCCUCCUGAAACAAAGCCAGAAACUUUAUCUACUUCAUUGUGCCCUUUGGGUUAUGUGCUAAUGAUGAGGAUUUGUCUACCAGUAAUCCCCCUAAUGACGGCUUCUCCCAGCCCCUACACAAACCCCGCAAGGCCCCGUGAUCUGGCAAGCCGCGCAGAAUAAAGGCAGCACGGCAUUUGGCUUUUGAACUGAGUUCAAGGCAAUUAAAGUCAUGGGCUAAGGAGGAAAGGAGGGGGUUUGGAAAUACCAGUAUAAUAAGCAGUAUGACUAGAGCGCUUGGUAAAUUAACUCAAUUAGACAAAGCCUGCUUUAACAGGGGAAGACGGUGAGAAGCGCUACCCUCAUUAAAUCCCGCUGCUAGAGACGCUUCUAAUGGAAUUAAAUCUGUUUUAGUUGUUUGAAUCACAUAAAAUAGCCUGUGCGUGUGCACGUACACACGUGCACACAUGUGGGUUCUGCGAUCUUUGUGGUCUUUUUUCAAGAGGAGGGGAACAGAACGCAGAAAAAACCAAUAUACCGAAAAACCGCAAAUCCCCCAAAGCAAAAAUCAAGAGCUAGGUGAAGGCUCCAGAGCUCGAGAGUGGAAGCCAAGGAGAAAGCAGGGGAGGAAGGAGGAGCAGAAGGCAAGGCAGUUCUUCCGAUUGUGAAGCCAUGGGCCCCCUUGGGUGGGGGCUUCUGCUCGGCUGCCUGGGCUGCGGACUCCCGCCGGGAGCCCGGGCGCAGUUCCCCCGGGUCUGCAUGACGGUGGGCAGCCUGCGGUCCAAGGAGUGCUGCCCACCAGUGGGUGCGGACCCGGCCAACGUCUGUGGCUCUCGGGACGGCCGCGGCCAGUGCACGGAGGUGCAGGCUGACACCAGGCCUUGGAGCGGUCCUUACGUCCUGCGAAACCGGGAUGACCGAGAACAGUGGCCAAGGAAGUUCUUCCACCGGACCUGCAGGUGCACAGGAAACUUUGCCGGCCAUGACUGUGGAGACUGCAAGUUCGGCUGGACCGGCCCCAAGUGCGAGCAGAAGAAACCACUGGUUGUUCGGCAGAAUGUCCACUCCUUGACCCUUCAGGAGAGGGAGCAGUUCUUGGGGGCCUUGGACCUCGCCAAACACACCCCACACCCCGACUAUGUUAUCACCACGCAACACUGGCUGGGCCUGCUUGGGCCCAAUGGGACCCAGCCACAGAUCGCCAACUGUAGCAUUUAUGAUUUUUUUGUGUGGCUCCAUUAUUAUUCAGUUAGAGAUACAUUAUUAGGACCAGGGCGCCCAUACAAGGCCAUAGAUUUCUCACACCAAGGACCUGCCUUCGUUACCUGGCACCGGUACCAUUUGUUGUGGUUGGAAAGAGAUCUCCAGCGACUUAUUGGCAACGAAUCCUUUGCUUUGCCCUACUGGAACUUUGCCACCGGGAGGAACGAGUGUGACGUGUGUACAGACCAGCUGCUCGGGGCAGCAAGACCAGAUGAUCCAACUCUGAUCAGUCGGAACUCCAGAUUCUCCAGCUGGGAAAUUGUCUGCGAUAGCUUGGAUGACUACAACCGCUGGGUCACCCUGUGUAAUGGAACCUAUGAAGGGCUGUUGAGAAGAAAUCAAGUCGCAAGAAACAGUGAGAGAUUGCCAACUUUAAAAGAUGUACAAGAUUGUCUGUCUCUCAAGAAGUUCGACAACCCUCCUUUCUUCCAGAACUCCACCUUCAGCUUCAGGAAUGCCCUGGAAGGAUUUGAUAAAGCAGACGGAACCCUGGACUCUCAAGUAGUGGGCCUUCAUAAUUUGGUCCACUCCUUCCUAAAUGGGACAAGCGCUUUGCCACAUUCUGCUGCCAAUGAUCCUGUUUUUGUGGUCCUUCAUUCUUUUACCGAUGCCAUUUUUGACAAGUGGAUGAAAAGAUACAGUCCUCCUGCGGGUGCCUGGCCUCAGGAGCUGGCCCCCAUUGGUCACAAUCGGAUGUAUAACAUGGUUCCUUUCUUCCCACCAGUGACUAACGAGGAACUAUUUUUAACUGCAGACCAGCUUGGCUACAGCUACGCCAUUGAUCUGCCAGUUGAAGAAACUCCAGGCUGGACCACAAGCCUCUCCAUAGUUUUGGGGAUGCUGGUGGUUUUGGUUGGUCUUCUGGCACUGCUGCUUUUCCUUCAAUACAGAAGACUUCGAAAAGGAUAUACACCUUUAGUGGAGGCACAUUUAAGCAGCAGAAGAUACACAGAAGAAGCCUAGAUGCUCACAGCUUACCCUGUGAAGAGGCUGGCCAUGCCCUAGUUCUGACCUUGACAAUGAGCAAAUUAACUCUCGCUGUUCUUCCUUUAGUUGGAGAGCUUUGGUAUAGCUCCUCCUAUUGUGGUGAUGAUCCCAAACACAGACGACACUUAGCUGUGGUUUCUGGCUUGCUUGCUUAUUUAACAAACAAGCGAAAGUGCUGGAAGCUCUCUCUCCCGUCAGACAAAGGGAGAGCCAAUGACUGAUGGGUGGUAUCUGAUAACAAUUCCCCGUAUUGAUUAAGCUCCCUCGUGUUCUGAGAGCUUCCCACUAAAACUGACGGAGUGCAUUCAUUGAAAUUUGCAGGGCAGUGUUAUUUGAGAUGUGGAUAAGAUCAUGGUUCAGUUUUUCUUAGCCCAAGUGUCCUCAUCUGUAAAGAGAUGGGGGCAGGAGGGUGGCCGGUGCUACGUGAGUCUCCAAGACCUCUUUUAGGCAUAAACAUCUGUGCUUUUAGGUGCCUUCCUGAUCCUCUUCCUGACGCUGCUGUUCCUUUUUUUCUCUGUCUUUUUCCUUCCCAGCCUUUAAAAUGGCCUUGAAGAUGAAAGUAGGCCUUAUUUGCCACUUAGGAUGGGGAAUGAAUGAAUGAUCACUGAAUUUGGUUCUAUUUUAUAAAUUAGACUUUACAGAGUUUAAAAAGAGUCUGGUUCUUAACAGUAGACCUGUCACAAGAGUCAGUAGCUGAAUAAACAUUGAUCCUGUAGUGGUAAAUGAGCAGAUGAGGGAUUAAAUUAUAGAGCUUUCUAGUUGAUUAAUAUACUGUCCUGAAUUUACUAAUUUAGUAUAGAAUCACUGUUUCCAGGAAAGGCUGACUGGAGAAGGCUGGUGAUAAUCCUGAACAUGAGAUAAUUUGAUUAGAGUUCUUUUGCUCAAGUCUCAUUUGGCUGAUCUUGAGCCCAUUCCUUUACUAGGUAGCCUCAGAUGAAAUAUUAUUCACGCAUUUGGCUUAUUUUUAAGAGUUGACUUUAAAUUUAUUAACGCUGCACUGUACUGACAGUUACAAAUGCCGAUCAGUUAAGUCUCUUCAUUUAAAAGCAAACCAUUCGUACAAAAUACACGAAUUCAGAAUUAAAUGGUUAUGGUCCCCUAGGUAAUCCACCAACUCAGAUCAUAAGCGAGAAGAAUGAGGCAGUCUUUCCGAAGAUGUUUAGACUUACCAAGAUGAUCCCUACUUCUGAGAAGUGAACGGUUAUGGAGAUUUCAAGGCAAUUUCAUCUGUUCAUAUCACGCAUUAGGAGUGAGGCCAAAGUUCUAGCAGGUGGUUCUUCUGUCUACUCAUUUCAGAUCCUCUCUACCGGAGUGGAUGUGUGUAAAGAAUGGGUGUUAAGAGCCCCCUGGUGCCACCUUCUACAUAUUGGGGGUGGGGGUGGGGUGGGGGAUACAAGAUGCGGUGAGACCCAGUUUUAUCUCCUGGAGUAAAAUCGCAGAGGCUAGGGAAAUGGACGAAGCUUGGUGUGAACUAAGUCUGAGUCUGACUGUGUCUCAUAAGUAUAUCUGAGAGUAGGCGCAGUGGAUGGCAAUGAAGACAGCCCAGUUUCCUUUGUGAGAUGAAGGCCUGCUUGGACCUUUUUAGCCACAGCCACAUGCAUAGACCUUAACGCCUGCCUUUAACAGAAUUCAUGGAGAAUUCAGCAGUUGUCAUUCACAUGAUCCACUCUGGAAGGUUUAUGCUCUGAACUCAGGGCUGUUGGGGAACACAUUUUUACAUCUUAUUUUUAAACCAGAAGAGAAAUAUGUUAAAAUGAAGAUAUAACUGUGCUUGGUAGGUAUGGUCUUGAAAAAUUGUGUGUAAAUCAAUUAUACGUUAAAAGCACCAGGGGGAAAUUACUUUUCGUAGAUGAACUAUUAUGAAUACUUCUAUAAAGCACAGAACCACCUCUAGCUUAUCUUUCAGGUAUAUCAAAAUUUCAUACAUCAUAUUCUCAUAAGUUUUGCUUAAAGCAAGAUCUAUCUGCACUAGAAAUAAAGAGUAACCAUUUAUGCUUCAUUCUUUUUAUCUAUAGUAUGUGCAAGUUUUUAUAAAUAUUAUGUUUUAUGAUGUUUUCCUAAGAGAAAUAAUUUCCUGAUUUUGUAGUUCAUUUUAAAGGGAUAAAAUUUUCUAGCAUUUUCUAACAUUACAAUAAAUCAAUGAUGAGUGCCUUUCAGCAACUCUAAAGGCAGAAUAAACCUGUAGAGUAAAAUAGUUGAUAUUUACUUACAGUGAAUUUUAUGCAAAUAAACUGAGAAAAGAUCACCGAGCAUUGUAUGGCUAUACUUUGCAAUGAUGGCGGGGGGGGGGGGAACUCAACCUCCAGGAAAAUGAAUAGAUCGCUUUAUAUGCUUCUGUCUGUAGUAUUAGAAAGAUUGUAUAUGUAUGAACUAUGAUUUUAAAAGAAAUGCUUUUAUGAAGCCGAGAUUCAGAAGUGAAAUGAAAUCUAACAACGUCUUUCCUUUGCAAACUAAAUCCUCUUCUGAUUUUGAAAUUCUUUGACAUUAGUUUGUGUCUUGCUUAGGAUUUUACAUUGUUAAUGAUAAUAAUCUUAAUGAAUAAUUUUAACUUCACAUUAUCAAGAAGUAGAAAAUGUAUUAAAGAAAAAAAUAAAAAUAAAUGUUGCCUUGCAGAUUAUUGUUCGUCUGUUGGGGGCUGUUUUUCAAUUUGGGAACAUCGAUUCGUAUCUUUUUGGUACUCAAUAAAGCCAUAAAAUUGUAUGUACAUACAUAAAAUAUAUAAUAAUUACUUCACAUUUGAAAAUGAGCACUUAAAUAAACUGAUGUUUCAA